UCCACUCACUUCACUCAUUGUAUCUUUUAUUGUGAACAGCUGCAUCAUCUCUGAAAUUAUUAUAUUAAGCAUGUAACUCAGUUUUCAUCACCCUUUGCUUUUGUUAAGUGUAUCUACUACUUGGCGUGGCGGAAUGGAGAGUGGUGAACCAUAUAGAGCCAGUAGUUUACGCAUAGGGAGUUCUAAGUUAUGGAGGAGCAACUCCAUGGAAGUUUUCUCCAAGUCUUUCCAGGAAGAAGACGAUGAAGAAGCUUUGAAAUGGGCUGCUAUUGAGAAGCUGCCAACAUUUUCACGUAUCAGAACAGGUAUACUUGCUGAAGAAGGUCGUCAAUUGAGGGAAGUUGACAUCAAGAAUCUGGGGUUGCUGGAGAGAAGGAAUUUGGUGGAGAGACUAGUGAAAGUUGCCGGGGAAGAUCAUGAGAAGUUCUUGUUGAGGCUCAGGGAACGCAUUGACCAAGUUGGGAUUAACCUUCCGACAAUUGAAGUCCGGUUCGAGCAUUUAAAUGUUGAAGCAGAAGCUUAUGAGGGAAGUAGAGCAUUACCAACUGUGUUCAACUACUGUGUGAACAUGUUUGAGGGUUUCUUGAAUUACCUUCAUAUCCUCCCAAGCAAGAAAAAAACGUUGCCCAUACUUAAAGAUGUCAGUGGAAUCAUCAGGCCUCAAAGAAUGGCAUUGCUGUUAGGGCCUCCAAGCUCAGGCAAGACCACAUUACUAUUAGCAUUGGCUGGAAAGCUUCGUAAAGAACUAAAAAUUUCUGGAAGGGUAACUUAUAAUGGACAUGAAAUGGAAGAGUUCGUACCGCAGAGGACAUCGGCUUAUAUAAGUCAGUACGAUGUCCACAUAGGAGAAAUGACAGUAAGAGAAACGUUGGCUUUUUCUGCAAGAUGUCAAGGAGUUGGACCUCGUUACGACAUGUUGGUAGAAUUAGCAAGAAGAGAGAAGGCAGCAAAUAUAAAACCUGACCCUGAUAUUGACAUCUAUAUGAAGGCAGCAGCACUGGAGGGGCAAGAGACCAGCGUAGUUACAGAUUAUAUACUCAAGAUAUUGGGACUUGAAGUUUGCGCUGAUACCAUGGUGGGAGAUGAAAUGAUACGAGGUAUCUCUGGCGGACAAAAGAAGCGAGUCACAACAGGGGAGAUGCUCGUUGGACCAGCAAAAGCACUUUUCAUGGAUGAGAUAUCUACUGGUUUGGACAGUUCAACAACAUUCCAAAUAGUGAAUGCACUAAGACAAUCCAUCCACAUCCUGAAUGGAACUGCUGUUAUCUCUCUUCUCCAACCAGCCCCAGAAACAUAUGACCUGUUUGAUGAUAUAAUUCUUCUCUCAGAUGGACAAAUUGCCUACCAAGGACCUCGUGAAAAUGUGCUCGAGUUCUUUGAAUACAUGGGUUUCAAGUGUCCUGAGAGAAAAGGAGUUGCUGAUUUUCUACAAGAAGUGACAUCAAGGAAAGAUCAAGAGCAGUACUGGGUGCAUAAAAAUGAGCGUUAUACUUUUGUUACUGCCAAACAAUUUGCCGAAGAAUUUCAGUCAUUUCAAAUUGGUCAAAAACUAAAUGAAGAGCUUGCAACUCCAUUUGACAAGUCACAAAGCCACCCUGCUGCUCUAGCGACAGAGAAGUAUGGUGUUAGCCAGAAGCAACUGUUAAAAGCUUGCAUAUCAAGGGACUAUCUGCUUAUGAAAAGGAACUUAUUUGUCUAUGCUUUCAAAGUUAUCCAGCUCAUCUUUACAGCUUUCAUAACAAUGACAUUGUUUCUGAAAGUGGAUAUGCACCGGAACUCAGUCAUAGAUGGUGGGAUUUUUAUGGGUGCAUUAUUCUUUACUCUCAUGGUGAUAAUGCUCAAUGGAGUCUCAGAGAUAUCAAUGACCAUCAUUAAACUUCCUGUCUUCUACAAGCAAAGGGACUUUCUUUUUUAUCCUUCAUGGGCAUAUGCUCUAACCACAUGGAUUAUGAAGAUUCCAAUCACCUUGAUAGAAGUCACCAUUUGGAUAGUCAUGACUUAUUAUGUCAUAGGCUUUGAUCCAAAUGUAGGGAGGUUGUUGAGACAGUACCUUUUACUCCUGUGUCUUAACCAGAUGGCGUCGGGAUUGUUCCGAUUAUUGGCAGCAGUAGGAAGAAAUAUGAUUGUUGCAAAUACUUGCGGUUCACUAGCUUUGCUGGCAAUUAGUGCUAUGGGAGGAUUCAUCUUGUCACGAGAUGGUGUGAAGAAGUGGUGGUUGUGGGGUUAUUGGGUCUCACCGCUGAUGUAUGCACAAAACUCUAUAGCUGUGAAUGAAUUUCUUGGGAAGAGUUGGAGACAUAUUCCACCUAAUUCCACAGAAAGUUUAGGAGUUUUGGUCUUAAAAUCUCGUGGGAUUUUCCCAGAAGCACAUUGGUACUGGAUUGGAGUGGGUGCUUUAAUUGGAUAUGCUUUCCUAUUCAAUUUCCUCUUCAGUUCGGCUCUAAAGUAUCUUAAUCCAUUCAGUAAGCCUCAAGCAGUAAUAUCUAAAGAAACCUUGCCUGAGGUUGACAGCAGAAGGCAGUCCGUUGAAUUAUCAUUAAGAGGAAAGAAAUCUUCUGACCAAGGGAAAGAAAGCCCAAGAAGCCCAUCAUCUAGGCCACCUUAUGCAAGAAUGGGCAGCUUUGAUGAAGCUAGUCAGCCAAGUAGAAGGGGGACUGUUCUCCCUUUUGAACCGUUUUCUAUAACUUUUGAUGAAAUCAGAUAUGCUGUAGACAUGCCGCAGGAAAUGAAAGAGCAAGGAGUUCCAGAGGAUCGACUGGAACUUUUGAAGGGAGUGAGUGGUGCUUUCAGGCCUGGAGUCCUAACAGCUUUGAUGGGAGUCAGUGGUGCUGGCAAGACAACUUUAAUGGACGUGUUAGCUGGAAGAAAAACAGGUGGUUAUAUAGAUGGAAGCAUCACAAUUUCAGGGUACCCAAAGAAGCAAGAAACAUUUGCUCGCAUAUCAGGGUACUGUGAGCAAACAGAUGUCCAUUCUCCGUAUGUUACAGUCUAUGAGUCCUUACUAUUUUCUGCAUGGCUUAGACUACCCCUUAAGGUUAAUUCUGAGGCCAGGAAGAUGUUUGCUGAGGAAGUCAUGGAGCUUGUGGAGCUGACUCCCUUAAGGGAAGCACUUGUAGGAUCACCUGGAGUUAGUGGUCUUUCAACUGAGCAGCGCAAAAGGCUAACUAUUGCAGUUGAGCUUGUUUCCAACCCAUCUAUUAUAUUCAUGGAUGAACCAACAUCUGGCCUUGAUGCUAGGGCAGCAGCAAUUGUAAUGAGAGCUGUGAGGAACACUGUGGACACAGGACGAACUGUUGUGUGCACCAUCCACCAGCCUAGCAUUGAUAUAUUUGAUGCUUUUGACGAGCUAUUUCUGAUGAAAAGGGGAGGUGAAGAAAUAUAUGUAGGUCCAUUGGGUCGUCAUUCUUGUCGCCUGAUUAAGUAUUUUGAGGAAAUUAAAGGCAUUCCAAAGAUAAAGGAUGGUUACAACCCUGCAACUUGGAUGCUGGAGAUUACUUCGGCUAUACAAGAAGAAAUUAUUGGCAUCAACUUCACCAACAUAUAUAAGAACUCAGAAUUGUAUAGGAGAAACAAAGCAUUGAUCAAGGAGCUUAGCACUCCUGCUCCUGGUUCCAAAGAUCUACACUUCCAGACUAGAUAUUCACAGCCUUUCCAAAUCCAAUGUAUGGCUUGUCUUUGGAAGCAGCAUUGGUCUUACUGGCGAAACCCACCAUACACUGCAGUGAGACUCGUAUUCACAACUGCUAUAGCUCUACUGCUUGGAACGAUAUUCUGGGAUCUAGGUUCCAAAAGAACAAGGCAACAGGAUAUCUUAAAUGCAGUAGGUUCUAUGUAUACUGCUGUAAUUUUCUUAGGACUUCAAAACGCUGUAUCAGUACAACCGGUUGUUGCUGUUGAAAGAACAGUCUUUUACAGAGAAAAGGCAGCCGGCAUGUACUCAGCAUUGCCAUAUGCCUUCGGACAGGUUGUCAUUGAGCUGCCAUACACUUUGAUUCAAACUCUUAUAUACGGAGUUAUAGUGUAUGCAAUGAUUGGAUUUGAAUGGACAGCUAGCAAGUUCUUUUGGUAUCUUUUCUUUAUGUACUUCACCCUCUUAUACUAUACUUUCUAUGGGAUGAUGACUGUAGCGGUUACUGCCAACCAACAUAAUGCUGCCAUAAUUUCAACCUUCUUCUAUCGAAUAUGGAACCUUUUUUCAGGAUUCAUCAUUCCUCGAACGAGGAUUCCUGUGUGGUGGAGAUGGUUCUAUUGGAUCUGCCCUGUUUCAUGGACCCUGUAUGGGUUGGCUGCUUCACAAUUUGGGGGCGUAAAGGAUAAAUUUGAGUCAGGUGAGACAGUGGGACAUUUCGUAAGGACCUAUUUCGGCUUUAGAAGUGACUUUCUGGGAGUCGUUGCAGUUGUAAUUGUUGGAAUACCUGUGCUAAUUGCGUUCAUAUUCGCCUUCUCGAUUAAGGCGUUUAACUACCAAAGGAGAUGAGGAUGCCAAACAAAUCUGCCGUCCUGGAAGAUACGCAAGUUACGUCUCUCUCAGGCACAAAACAAAACCCCAUCUGCUUCUACAAACAGAGUCCAAUGA